AUGGGAGGAAGGCGCAGUAGAAUGAGAGCAAGAAGCAAGGCGCAGAGCGGUAGGAGCAUGCAUUCCAGUGGAUCUGCUGAUGUGAAAGUAGAUGAAAGGCAUGAAGGUGUGGGUAGCAAGUGUAAUGUUGACUUCCGAGAGCUGAAUGAAUGGAUGCCUGACACAGAUCUGGAUAUGAAAGAUGAGGUGAUUGAAGUAGCUGCAGAUGCAGAAGUGGGGAGUAACGAUUCAGUCUGUAUUGCGGCGAGUGGGGAGGCCAUUGAGAUUGAGGAGAUCAAGGAGAUCAAGGUCAAUGUUGAGAGGAUUACGGACGGAGAGGGGUUUAAGAUAAGCGAGGAAGUGGAUAUGUAUGCAGUAGCAAAAGCCGAAGAAGACAAGGGCAUACACAAAAGGAUAUACUCGAUGACGCCAAGCCUACAGGUCACGAUGACACCUCAGAUGCCGGUCAGAAAGGUGAUUCAUGAUGAAAAGCCAAACGGACUUGCAGUGAAGGACGAGUGCAUGAAGCUUCCAAGUAAGAUGAUUAUCAACAGGUAUCCUGGGCAUCUAUUUGUGCACAUUGAUCAGAUAGAGAGAUUUAUGAGCACACGAAAUGACAUAGAAGAGGUCUCGAUCAGAGCAGAGUGCAAGGCAGUUACGUACGAAACAAAGAAGCACAGGCCAUGGACGGGCAUUGGAGUUAAUGAGAUGAUCAAGAUUCCGAUUGAGAAGAUGGAUGGAGAAGGGCUGUUGCUUAGGUUUGUGCUAUUAUUGCACCGCAAGGCAUCUGGAAUGUUUUCGAAGGCCGAGGUGACGAAGUCUUGCGAGUCUACGCUUGUGGUUGAUGUGGAGAGGAUCCAUUCUGUACAUAACAACCUGCUUGAGAGCAUGCUGCUUUGGGACAAUUAUACAUCGAAGAAUGUGUUUAAGAACAUCCGGGGGUUCUUCACGAACGGAACGCCUGAUGCAUGGGGCUUGAGGCUGUUUCUGUCGUUUGUGUCUGAUGAUGAGCUGCAUCUGAUUCCUGCAGCAGUGCCUUGCGAUCUGAGAUCGCUGAGCAAGUGGCUUGUGGUGAAGAAGUUUUCAUAUAACAUGUGGUUCAAGGGAUUUGUGAACCUAAGGGGGGAUGUAGGUGAUGUGUGCACGAAUCUGUGGAAGAGGAGAUAUGUGAAGUGCUAUGGAUACAUGAUUUUUGUUUUCAACGAGCACUCUCGAAGUCUUGUUGGGACGGUCAAUCUUGUAGAUGCAGGGUUUGAUCCUGGGGCAAGCAGCGGGAUCUAUCUAGAGAACUUUCUGAGUGUUUCUGUUGGGCAGGGCAGCGUUGAGUUCCACUUUGAUUGCAAGGAGAAGUAUGAGCUGUGCAGGAAUGCGUUGUGUGCGAUGCUUCCGCGAACGUUGUUUUACAAGAAGGCGCACCAGUGA